AUGAGGAGUGCAGUGUACCUACUAGCUCUACUAGCGAUGUCGACGGCGGCGCCCGCCCCCGAGCCCGCCGCGCAGCCCGCCCCCGAGCCCGCCCCGGCCAACGACAACACACCGGAAAUUAUUGAAAUCAUCGCCCCCGCCGCCGGUGGACAGGAGAGUCUCUCGACGUUGAACCUCGGCGCUCCCGGCUCGGAACUGAGCGAACGCAACAAGCGUACUAUCGGCAUCCUGAGGCAGCUUUUCCCCACACUCACACAGAUAAUCGAACAGAAGGUACAGGAGAUCACAAGUUUGGUGCUGAAGGUAUUUGGGCCUGUGGUGCUUCGCGCCUUCCUAGGCAACAACAAUAGUGGGCGUAGCAACAGCGGUAGUGGCACCGUCGAGCUGGAUGACGACGAUGAUGACGACGAAGAUGAAAAGACCACUACGACGACGGCGGCGCCCGCUAGACGAAAGCGAGCCCUGUUCUUCCUGCCGAAUGCCCUCGCUGAAGAGAACCAGUUAUUAUCAGGAGCUGAAUCUCAGCAAGCUGAAGUACGAGUUGCCUUCGGAGGUGACAGUCAGGCUGCUGCCAGUGAAGAUCAGCAAACCGCAGCACAAACCAAUUCUGCGACCAUCGACGAGAUCACAUUAGACGAUGCUGAUGAAAGCGAAGAAAAUAGAAAUAAGAGAUUCCUCAACUUUGGAGGAUCAGCUUCGGCGUCAGGAGGCGGCUCUGGCAACUUCUUAUUUGACAUCGUCCGACUCGUAGCGGGCUCAUCGUCUGGUUCAUCGUCCGGUGAUGCCGGCGCAACUGAAGGUGAUGAUAAUGGCGCUGGGAAAGGUGACAAUCUGACCGAGGGAGUCCCCGGCCCCAUCACCCGUCUGUUCAUCAUCGCCAACCGCGGCAUCGCCAACCUUAUCCAGGACCUGAUCCUGCGUAUUGCGCAAACCUCAGAGAGGAUAGUCAACUUCAAAGCACGAUUGAUCACUUCUAUCAUU